AUGAGAGGAUUUAUAAUACGCUUUGCAUUCGCUGAAUAAGUCUCCAUACAAUCUCAGACUUAUUUAAAAAGAUCAUACAAGGAAGCCACUGUGGAAAUGGCCAUAAACCCAAUCAACCCAUAUCACCAAUGGUUCAUCAAACUUGAUGGCAAAAGUGCAAAGACUCAGCAACGCAACAUCUUGGCAGUCCCUUCUCCAUAAUUGGCUGCCUGCAUUGCAUCAGAAUUCAAUCGACAGAAGGAAUACUUGAGUUUCAAGCAAAUGCCUCUUUUAAUGCUCGCUAGAAAUGCUAUUGAUUUAGAUUACGAUGCAACCAAUAGAGAAUACAUCGAAAAAGCUAUUGUUAACCAUUUAGAAAAUGAUGUUAUUCUACAUCGUAAAAACUAAAAGUCGUAACUUCUCCAAAUUCAGUAACAAUAAUUGGAUCCACAAUUGAGAUUCUUCAAUUCUAAAUUCGGAAUGGACAUUUAAUCAAAUGAUGGAGUUCAGAUUGGAUCACUUAGCCAACAAAAUAUAGUCAAAAUUGAAUCCUUAAUCAGAGGAUUGAAUAAUUGGUAAUUAGUCAGUCUCAGUUCUCAAGCAGAUAAUCUAAAAUCUUGUAUAUUGGCUAUCCAACUAUCCUAUGGUCAAGUUGAUUUAGAGAAAGCCUUGUCUCUAUGCGAUAUUGAAAAUUAAUUUAAUAAGAAAGUCAUUGAAAAUGAGAAUCCACAAGAAUCGGAUAGUGAAGAUAACAUAAUUUCCAUGAAUGUAAAAGCUGCCCAACUCUUCUCAUCGCUAAUUUAUUCCUAAAGUAUCCUCUAUUGA